AUGUCCUACCUCCACCUCAGCUUCUACUCAGCUUUCACCCUAAGCAGCCUAGGAUUAGCCUUCCACCGAACCCACCUAAUCUCCGCCCUACUAUGUUUAGAAAGCAUAAUACUAUCCAUAUAUGUGGCACUAGCCAUAUGACCCAUCCAAAUACAAUCUCCAUCCUCCACCAUCCUACCAAUCAUCAUACUAACAUUCUCCGCCUGCGAAGCAGGAACAGGCCUGGCCCUACUAGUAGCCUCUACCCGAACUCACGGCUCCGACCACCUACAUAACUUCAACCUCCUACAAUGCUAA